AUGCAAGUCUAUCAGGGGCUCGCGAGCCGCGCGCCAUCCGCACAAAAGGAUGUCUACAUUUUCGCCGUCACGCCUCUUGUGGAUCAAGCACUGGCAGCCAUCUCUUCAGCAGACGAACUACUGAUCUUGCGGGACAGGGGUGCCUUGGACACCUCUCCCGUGUCCGCGGUGCCGGGCGUGCCGCAAGGUGUCACGUCGCUGGUCUCGUCGGACGCAGGAAGAAUCGCCGUGUGCGCCGGACGCGAUGGCAAUGUCAUCCUCGUUGACACCCGCGCGCACACCACGGCCGGGCAUUUCAAAACAGGCAAACCAGCUCACGCGGUAGCAUGCAGAGGGAACGACGUGGCGGUAGGCAGUGACGCCGUAGUCUCAGUGUGGGAUCGAAGACAGAUGCGCAUGCGUUGGCAAAACACCGAGCUGAACGACGAGAUCACCGCGCUCGAUUUCCAUCCUACAAGAGACAACGUGCUGCUGGCCGGCGGAGACGAUGGCCUGGUCAGUCUGUUCGACACGAACAUCGUCGAGGAGGAGGAUAGCCUUCUACAGGCCGUCAGCCACGGACCCAUACACAAAGCUGGCUUCCUGGGCCCUUCGGAUCUCUACGCCCUGAGUUCCGACCAGAACCUCUCCCUCCAUUCCCUGACACUGGACGACGGGACAGACUCGGCCGAGCCGGCUCCAGACCAAUUCGGCGACCUGCGCUCCGCCAUCCCGUGCGAGUACGUGAUUGAUGUCUUUCCCACGGGCCUAGACUACGUGGUCGCCUGCGGUUCGCACAGUAAAUCUCGUGUCGACCUUGUCAAACUCCAGCGUGGCAGCCCAAUCGAUCUCGAUCAGAGAAUCGUGCUUGACAACGCCCACGGGGGAGAGGUUGUCCGCUCCAUUUUUCCAGACGAGGCGAAUGGAGUCAUCUUCACCGCUGGCGAGGAUGGGAGGAUUGCGGCCUGGCGACCCAAGGACACCCACCAGACUAGCGUGUCGUCACCUACAGUCAAGACUCCAAAGUCCAGGAAAGGAGGAUCGGCCGAUGCAAGGUUUCGGCCGUACUGA